CGCGAAGCUGAGCUUCAUUUCAGAACCAUGGAGAGCUCUCGCUUCUUCGCCCUGCUAGGAGCCGCUUUAUUGUUGCUUGCGGGAGUCCGCAGUCAGGAAGAAGGCGAACUUCAACCGCGAGCUUUGGAUCUCUAUUCCACCAUGGAGGAAACGUCCCACGAAAAGGAGCUGAUUGAAGCACUGCAGGAAGUCCUGGAGAAGCUGAAAAGCAAACGGCUCCCACAUUAUGAGAAGAAGUAUGGUCAAGUUCCCAUGUGUGAUGCAGGAGAGCAGUGUGCAGUGAGAAAAGGUGCCAGGAUUGGAAAACUCUGUGACUGUCCCAGAGGAACAUCUUGCAAUACUUUUCUCUUGAAGUGCUUGUAAAGUAAAGUCCCUCCCGCAACCUCUGGAGAGAACAGAAAAGCAUCAGCUGCCUUGUCUGAAGAAUUAAUUUUGAGUUAUGGAUGCAGGUGUGUGGGGUGGAGAAUGCUCUGUAUUCAUCACAUACUAAGAAGUGGGUGAUGGGAGGGACACAGCUGUAAGGGUGAUGUGAACUAUUGCUUUUAGGAUUUCUUCUAGCCAUUUCUUUUUACUGUUAGUUUCCUUAUUUGUUCCUGUCCUAUUUUUUCCCAUAUGUGUACAUCAGUGUUCAAAGAAUGAAUUGAUAUUUUCAAAAACCUUAUUUUUGAAUGUAAAUGCUAUCCAUGAAAACUGUCUCUAGAAAAUUCAUUUAUUUAUUUUCCCUCAAAUACAAAUACAAGAAUACAAAUACAAUAAGAAAUUAGAGAACAAAUUGAAAAGUUAAAUCAAAUUAACAGUAGGUAGGAAUGAUUCAAAGAGUCAAACAUUUAAAAAAUAUACACAAAUAUCCCUUUCACAACAGGUAUGGGUGGAUAUAUCAAUUGUAGGUAAACAGUAGCACUAUUUCAAAAACAUUCUACUAAACCAGUGUUUCCCAAACUUGACAAUUUUAAGGCAUGUGGACUUCAACGUUGCUGGCUGUGGAAUUCUGGGAGUUGAAGUCCUCAUGCCUUAAAAUUGUCAAGUUUGGGAAACACUGUACUACACAAUUCUUUCUUCUCAGUUUGGUAGUAACUUCAACCCAAUACCUCCAGCUUUCUCAGGCAAUCAUAUUUUUGAAAUAAAUAGCAGAGGAAGUGACUUAGAUCUUGUCUCCUGGGGUCUUUUGAGACUAAGACAGAAAGAAAAGCUAGGAAUAUUUUUCCUUGACAAAAUAUGUAAUGGAAUUCCUGAUGUUUCUUUCAGAAAGAGAAGCAUAAUAUGCAAUUAAUAAUUGUAAUUCAAAUAUAUGUCAAAUAAUGACACCCUGACCAAGUCAUCAGCACAUGUCUGCUUCCUGAUGACUAAGAAGAAAGGUAUGAGAGAAGUCUUUAUUGAUAUUAUACUUGUCUGAUUAGUAUACGUAUUGAAGGAUAUUGCAAAUACCUACUUCAAAUUCAAAUUUAUGAAUGUUCGUCAUCAGUUUUGUCCAUUAAUAGACCUUGAACAUUGCCAUAUAGCAUUGUUUGAGGACCAGUGCACAUAUCAGUGCUUCCAAGCAGCAUUAUUGUUAUAUUAAUUUCUAUGUUGAGUCUUUGUCAGGAUUGAGAAGAAUUUGGCUUAGCAUCAGAAACUCCAAAAACACAAGAAAUGAAAGCAUUAAGAAAUCUUUGAGGAGGCCAAGAACUGCCAUUUUCUAAUGUUACAAAAAAAAUGAAGAAAUAAAAAACACUUUCAAUUUUGAGAUAUUACUUCCAUAAUCUGAUAUUGAAGAAAAAUAUAAACCUAUGCCAUGUAUAUGCUUUUUCUUUUGAGACAAUAACCAUUUAUUUAUGUAUACAAUUCAACUCUGUUAUAAAGGUUUUAAGAAACCUGAAGCAGAUUUACAUCAGUACGUUUUUACAAUAUGCAUAUAUCAAACAAUGUGAAUGGAUAUUUAUAAAGGAAAGAUUCUAAAUCUGUUAGUUCUAUAACAAUAUAUCCGUCAAACGUGCAAAUAUUUUUCAGUAAUGUCCUAUUGUCUUUUACUAAACUAUUUGAUCAUUAAUAAAAUUAUUGUUACAAGGUCCA